AUGGCAGACACAAACGCAGGCAAGCAGCCGGCCGACGCCGCCGUUCCAGCUGGAAGAAGGGAACGAGGCGCCACCAGCUUCGUGUCUUGGUUUCUGGUAUCUCUCGUCAUUCUCCAAAUCGGUUUCCUGGCGGCGCUCUACUUUCAAAAUCUUCAGAUGGCAGCCAUGGGAGGCGAGAAAGCCGUCCGCAUUCAACUACUGGAAGAGAAGAUAGUCGAGCUCCAGGCGGCGCGAGCGGCUGCGGCAAAAGAAGACCUGUCAUGCCCGCCUUGUGAGCUCCUCCACGAGAAGAUGGAAAAAGCCCUUAAAGUGGUACAUGAUGACUUUGAGAAGACUGCCGAUAAGCUAGCCAAUUCGGUUAACAAUUUGCAGUCGAAGGUCAAUCAGUACGGGAGCAAGUUUGACAACCUGAUGAAGAAAGUGCAGAACAAUCCGCUGUUGAAGCAGUUUGGAGGGUUUUAG